AUGACGCGCCGGUCGGGCCGCGCGAAUCGGGAGUCGAAGGGCCGGGCGCCCGGAAGUGGCUCGUCUGUGCUCUCCGCCCGGGCGGAAACUCGGGCGCCGCGAGACGCGUUCCGGGCCGGGCCGGGCUGCAGCGGCGGGAUGGAGCGCGGGGCGGAGGGCGAGAGCCCGAGCCGCGGCCCGACGCUGGCGUCUUCCUGGGCCGCCGCCCGCGGGUCCCUGGCGCGGAGCCUCCGAGUGCGGCGGGCCGCCGGGGGCGCCCGGGACGUGGGCUGCGAGGAGCUGCUGGAGGCGCCGGGCCCGGGCCGCGAGCUGGUGGUGCUGCAGGGCGGCGCUCCGGGCGCCGAGCAGCCCGGCUGCUUCCUGGCCCUGCGCUGCGCGCCCGACGCCGCGGAGGAGCUGGUGGCCGUGGGCGUGCUGAGCUCGGCCCGCAACAUGGAGGUGUACCUGGGCCACGACUACUGCGGCACCGGCCGGGGCCGCGCGGUGGGCGCCGCGCCCGGGCUCAGUGAGCAUGAAAAGAUUACUUUGUACCAAAAACAUCUAAAACUGGAGUCCUCCACACGUGCUUGUAAAAUAAAGCUGCUCUCAUUCGGGGACAAGCAGUGUGUCUACAUCAGCACUGUCGGGGUGCACCUGAGGCCGGCUAUGCCCAAUGCCUCCCCCAGCUGCCAGGCUCUAGGGUCCAGGAUAGACCUGGAGCGUGUGCAAACCCUCAUGGCGGCUGUGGGCUCCAGGCUGUCUCCCGGGGCACGGCAGCUCAUGGACAUGGUAAAGCUCCAGCAGCAGAACCACCUGCCUGUCGGAGAGCAGUUGCGGGCGCUUUUGGGGGACACUGCCAAGCACCAAUGCAUCACGGACCUCCAACCCCCCGAGAAGCCACUCUGCACACCCUUUCCUUUUCGAACGGGGCUGGCCCCUGUACACUCACCUAGCACUAAGGAAACCGCUGCUCCAGGCCCGGAAGGACCCCACCCUGAGGUGCCCCAGCACUCCACCCUGCCAGACUCCGACCCCUCCCGCGAGAAGGCGAGUGUCCGCACACUCGGCCCCAGCUCCGGUCUGCUGCCGCUCUUACAGGACCUGUGCGGCCAGGUCAGCCACCUGCGAGCCAGCUCCACGGCCCCUUGCAAGGAGCUGCCCAUGGCCCCAGCCCCAGCCAGCGCUACUGGGCUGACGAUGGAACAGCAGCCUGUGUGUGCCUACCUGGAACAGAUGCUGUCACAGAAGUUGGAGCUGCUGGGACGACAGCUGCGAGCCCAUGUGGAUGAGCGCAUAUGGCAGCUGCAGGAACAUGUGGACCGGCAGCUGGCAGCACUGCAGGACUCACUGCGGGGCCCCCGCUCCCCGCCUGCUGCCUGCCCGCUGCCACACUGGGACUCAGCAGAGAAACUUUCCAAUGGGGAAAGAUAAGGGCCCAGCCUUUGGGGUCUGCGCUGUGCACCUGUUUAUUGCAAUCACCCCCAGAACACCUCCCACCAGUGUUUAAUGUCCUCGGAGGCCCUUCUCUUUCUUAGAUAAGGUGACCUCCGAUUUCACUGUCAUUGCAUUUGGAUUCAGUUGGAUUCAGUACUGUACACUAAGGGUUUACAUGUAGGGCCAUAAAUUAUUACUUUUUUUUUUUUUUUGCAGUAUUUUUCACUCUUAACAGAAAUUCUGUCUCCUGGGUUGCAUGAGUCUUAAAAUUUUUUCAAGAUUUCUGAUGCAUCUCAUUAGUUUGUAUCAUAUGUUUGAUAGAAGAACAUUUUUUUUAAUUUAUGCCAAGGUCUAUAUUUUUCUGAGUAUGGAAAAUAAUGUUUAGGAACUUUGACAAUUUUUCUAGCUAAUUGUUUUUGGAAAUUGGAUUCUUACAACUUGAAACUUUUCAGUCAGAUCACUUACGUUUUGUAUUUAUCUUCAUACUAAGUAGCAGUGUUUGUUGUGUGAACUGAGUCUCUUUUUUUUGUGGGCAUUCAUUUUGUUUCAGUACAGCAGCAAAGACACAAAAGGAAAAGUCUGACACGCCCCAUCCCAGCCUCUUGAGUAACCAUUUCCCCUGUGUUAUUUGCUGGGAAUGCGGCAAUGAAUGAUGGGGCUGAAUUGACUCAGCCCAGAGAGCCCGAGGCCUGUCCCCCCUUGGUGGAGCCUUUCUGCAGUGUGAGAGGGUGAGGUGCUCAAGUUCCCCCCAACACUGGAGCCAUGGAGAUUAAGAGGGUUGUGCAUCUGCAUCUUCCAGAAACAGUAGCUCUGGUGUUUGUGCUAGAUAGGCGAGAUGUUUCUUCAUGUUCGGUUUUAUGGGGUCCAUACCCACCAGCUCUCAGAGCUUACUCCUGGCUCUGCACUCAGGAAUGACUCUUAGCAAGGCUUGGGGGAACCGUAUGGGAUGGCUGGGGAGCAAACUGGAUUGAUCGUAUGCAUAAUAAGCACCCCACCCACUGUACCAUGUCUCUGGUUCAGAGAGGCAAGAUAUGCAUUUAAAAAAAUAAAAUCUGGGACUGGAGCGAUAGCACAGUGGGAAACAUGUUUCCUUGCAUGUGGCCAACCCUGGUUCUAUACCUGGCAUCCUAUAUGGUUUCCAGAGCCUGCCAGGCACGAUUUCUGAGCACAGAACUAGGAGUAGCCUGUGAGCACUGCUGGGUGUGGCCCCCCCUCCCCCUGAAAAAAACCAGAAAAUAAAUAAAACCCUCAUGGGCCAGAAAGAGAGUACAGUGGGGAGGAUGCUUGCCUGGUAUGCUGCUGAUCAGGGUUGAUCCUUGAUACCAUUUGUGGCCCCCAAAGUCAUGCCAGAAGUGAUUCCUUAUAGGGAUAAACUCUGAGCAUUGCUAGAAGUGACCCCAAAGCCAAAAACUGAAAGCCUGAGGGUUGCAGAUGUGAUACUUGCCUUGGCCUGUGUGAGGUCCUGAGCUACAUCCUGCCACCAAAAAAUAAUAAAAACCAAAAGUGAAA